UUACAACUCGCAGCUUCAGAUAACAAUGCGCAGUCAGAAAAGGACCCUGCAUGUUGUUGUUGUCAGCAAUUAGGGAGGCUCUAGACAAAUUCUCCACUGUCGGCAUCGGCAAUAUGUCGAGCGCGGAGGAAAUCGAAAUCGCCGAAACAACGGACUGCAACUGGCGCAGCGGAAAGACUUUGAUGGAUCAGCUGUGGUUCAUGUACGAAAAGGAGCUGGGCGUCGAUCUCAAAAUCGCUGUUGUCAGUGACGACAAGCAAAAGACGUUUCAAUGCCACAAAACGAUCAUUCGGAGGCUUACCCCAAAAUUCGACGCGACUCUCAAUGAAUCUGGCGAUGGCUUCCUUUCUUUGGACAUUUGCAACCUGGACCCGGACAUUUUUGCUAUGAUUUUGAAGUAUGCAUAUACCGACAAGCUAGAUUUUGAGUACAUGGACAUGAAGGACGUUAUUGCAGUCCACAAGGUGGCAAGUUUGUACCAAAUGGACGCCAUCAGGCAGCAAUGCAACAAGACGUUUUUGGUCAAAAUUAACAAAAACAAUGUUUGGGAUCUGCUAACUCUCUUGGAGGAGCAGCCGGAUGUGGAUUUGGAGCGCUGUUUGAACUCUUUUAUUUCCGUGAGCGUUAAUGGUUUACUGAAUUCGCCCAAGUUCCUCGACUGCAGCCUCAAAGUGCUGGAAUUCAUUUUGGGCCAGAAGGAGCUGCCUGUCGCUGAGGUAAAAUUGGUCAAAUCAGUGAUUCGAUGGGCCAAACACAAGGAGCCGGAACUAACUCCUGAAAAAUCGAAAGAGCUUCUUGGCCCGUGCUUGGGGAAACUCCGCUUUUUGUGCCUGACUCCGGCCGAGUUUUCCGAGUUAGUCGCCUCGAGCGGAUUGCUGCCCCAAGACGACUGUCUCUCCAUUUUGGUCAACAUCAUUUCUUCUGGAAACAAAGCGAUGCCUCUGCCUGACCACAUUUGCAAACUGGACACUCCCAGGAUCAAACUUCCAGAUGAGCCACUUGAGCCAAAUUCGCCCACCCCUUCCUCGGAGGAGCAGCUAGAAAAUCCGACAUUUCCUGCAAAAGUGGAGCCCAAUGCAGCUCCUGUGGACACAAACCCAACAAGUGAGGAUGAGAAUAAGAAGGCUGCAUCGACGUCUGGGGAAAUUGAUUAUUUGCUAGUUCGCCGUCCUGCUGAUCCCAGGUUCCAGCUGACGAUGUUUUUGCUGCAAGCGCCAGCAAUGAUUGGUGUUAACAUCGAAGUGUCAAAAACGGCAUUCAUCAAAGGUGUUAGGAUUGCGUCCCAAAACACUGGCACUUACAAGGAGGAAAUGUUCAUUGAAAUCAAGUGUGCCCCAAAUGGAAAACGAGUUGUGUAUCAUUUCUUGUCUCAUGAGGUAGGAAACGCAUCAAAUAACUAUUUUGAUGUGAUGUUUAGGAAACCAUGCAUGUUGGAAGCAAACCAGAAGUACUUAAUGACUGUUUGUUUCCGCAAAUCUGGACAGUACCUGUUCAGUAAAAGGUUUGAUUCUGUUAUUAUUAAGGGUUACACAUUUAAGUUUAGCGUGGUUGACCCCAGCGCACAUGGUGCAGACCCAAUUCAAGCCAUUUUCCUUGCCUUUUGAUCACAAGAAUGCUCGUCAGAUUUAAUUUUAAAAAUUAUUUUAUAAACUGAAUUUUGUUCGAAUGGACUGAUCAAAUGAGCUCACAAUCAAUAAAAAUCAUUGCAAUAAUUUAAUAAAGG